CUGGAUGCCUCCAGAAGACAGGAAAAGAGAAUACAAACGGCUAUGGCAAAGGGUUCAAAGGAAAAUAAAAAAUGUGCACAGCAAAAACGCUGGUCCUAGUACUUUGCAAGACAGUGGAGCACAGAAUCCCAGAGACACUAUGCCAGUCCAGGACUCAGGCCUAGAAAAUGGAAUGACUGGAGUAUUUGAUAGUGACAAUGAGGAAAUUAGGUUUUUCAAUACUGGCACCAAUGCACUCAAAGGUAACACACCGCUACAACAUUCAAUGGCUGUAGACACAGAGAAUAUGGAUAGAGAAUCUUCUAGUAGCGACAUUGAUGAAGUGUUUUUUGAGAAGACUGCAAACGUUGAUAUAACCACUGAACAUUUUUCUGAGGAGUUAAGGAAAUGGAUCAUUGGCUAUAACAUUAAGCACAAUGCUGCAGAUGCACUGCUUAAAAUUCUUAGGAAUCAAGGUCAUAAAAACCUUCCAUUCACUGCUAAAACACUGUUAAAAACUGAUCCCAUUGAAAGCCAAAUGGUAUCUGGAGUAGAAUUUGUUAAAUUUGGAGUGAGUGAACAAUUUAUCUUGUGCUUGAAUCGGUAUACCUACAAUUAUGCAAGAGACAUCUCUGAGCUUGAGAUUUCCCUCAAUGUAGAUGGACUGCCCCUCUUUAAGAGCACUAGUAAGUCUUUCUGGCCUGUACUCUGCACUGUACAUCUAAAACCAGCAAGCACAUUUCCUUUGGCCAUCGCCCUUACUGAGGCCAAGCCUAAAUCACUGGACUUCAUUAAAGUCAUAGCAGAUGAGCUAAGCAUGGUUCUAAUGAAUGGCUUUUCAUGGAGAGAAAAAAGAGUCAACGUGAGAUUGAGAUGUAUAACAUGUGAUGCACCAGCAAAAGCCAUGCUGAAGUGCAUCAAACAAUUUUCGGGUUACUAUGGCUGUGACAAAUGCACCCAAAAAGGAAACUGGGUGGGGCGUAUAACGUAUCAACAGGUGCAUGACCUUAUUUUGAGGGAUGAUGUCUCAUUCAGAGAGCAACACCAGCCAGAACACCAUCAGGAAAAUACUGCAUCCCCUUUCAGCAAUCUCCCAAUUGACAUGGUCAAGUCUUUUCCUGCUGACUACAUGCACCAAUGCUGCCUGGGAGUGAUGAGAAAAAUGCUCCUACUGUGGUCACGGGGGAAGUCAGGGCAUCGGCUAUCGCCCGCUCAGCUGAGGGAGGUCAAUCAGAGGCUAAGGAAUUUGAGAUGUGACAUACCCCAUGUAUUUGCCAGGAAGCCACGCAGCUUGGAAGAAUUAGAGAGGUGGAAGGCCACUGAAUUCAGACAGUUCAUGCUCUACACAGGCAAAGUUGUUCUUCAGGGAGUCCUACCAGAAACACUUUACAGUCAUUUCAUGGUCUUUAGUGUGGCAAUGUGUAUACUAGUGUCUCCACAUUUAACACAAACAUUCAACAUGUAUGCCCAUCAACUACUCACAUAUUUUGUCGAACAAGGCCGUCACAUAUAUGGCGAGGAAUUUUUAGUGUACAAUGUGCACUCACUGCUUCACCUCACUGCUGAUGCCACCACAUAUGGAUCAUUAGACAAAUGCAGUGCUUUUUCUUUUGAAAGCUACCUGCACCAGCUGAAAAAGAUGGUUAGAUCAGGAAACCAUGUUCUAAUCCAAGCAGCAAAACGCCUCCAAGAACGUUCAAAGAUUCCAAUAGAAACAAGUGAAGAAAGACCAAUUCAAAUGAAACAUCCUAACAAUGUUUACAUUGUUAGCCCAACAUCCUGCUGUGAAGUUCUAGAGAGCACUAACUCUGGAAAGCUCCUAUGUAGAGUAUUCAUGCACUUGACAUCAUACCUUUGUGAGCCAUGUGAUUCAAGGAUCUAUGGAGCCUUUGUAUGUGGUCAAUCAAAGAUGGAGAUUCUGGAAAAGACAAACUUACAAGGAAGAGCAAUGAUUCUUGAGGAUGGGCAUGGCCGCCGAGUUGUCCUUACUCUUCUCCAUGAUCUCGAUUAACAAAGAGAAGAAAAUAUGUACAUAGUUCGUUUCUACGUAGUGGUUUUUAUCGAGGAAAACUCAAUUGCUGUGACGCCCACAUCAUGGGUAGAGGAGGUGAAUGGGGUUCUAACUUGCUACUGGCCUCGUAGAAAUGCAGAUGCCAUGUCAAAGGCCUGUCACAGGCCAGAUAAGGAGCUCUGGAAACGAUAUAAAAUAAGAAUACUCUCAGAGACUGACAACUACAAGACAGCUAGAGAGCGAGCCAAAAAAGCUGUUGAAACAUCUAAUGUGGAAAGUGAGGACGAUGUGGAAAACAUGCGUAAGAGAAAAGUCCCAGUUAGAUACUGGACAGAUAGUGAAGGAGAAAAUGAGAUGCCACCGAAACAAAGGAAAAAAACAUCCAUGUCUUCUCAAAACCCACAACCAAGUGUCCCUAAGCCCCCAAGCUACAAACCACCUACUGAUAUCACAGUCACUGCCCAUCCAUCUGAGGAAGAUGUGCCAUACCUUUUUUCGAAUGACCUUUUUCAUGAAAAUACCCAUGACAUCCAAGAAACCAGUCAUGCAGAGGGUGCAGUAAAUGCAGAUCUCCAGCAACUUAUUAGGCAAUCUGAGCAGCGGGUGCUGCUAGCUAUAGAAAGAAUGCAGACAGACGUUGCAAAUUCUAUUGAGCGCCUAGUUCAGGCCAUUCAGCAGAACCGUGCUGUCCCUGCAUCCACCUCAACACCACCACAGGAGAUCAUUGAGGGGCCCUGCAAAACAACGCAGGAGCUGCAAGUGUUGCUUUUAAAACUGGAGGACACAGAGGAAAAAAGAAAGAUGAUCCAGUUUUUGAGCAUGGUCGGAGGCAGCAGCAUCGGGGACGUUGUGAGAAGAAUUCUCCGUAAAAUCGCUUCGAAUGAGGUCUGGUCUAAUUACAGCCUGAAAGGCAGAAAAGGAAAGCUGCCCUUCAUGGGAACAUCACUCCACCACAUUGUUUUAAGUGCAUGUGCCAAACAGUUUCCCCAAAAAACUGAGAAGCAAAUUGAUGUUUGCAUUGGGGAAACCCUCAAACAUGCACCUCAUCGUGCCAAGCUGGCCAUUACACCUGAAGGAGAAGGAAAUCUUGGCACAUCUCUUGAAGAUAGAGACACUGACUGACUCACACACACACACACACACGUUUUGUUAAGUGUUAGUUUUCAUGGCAACAAAGCCAAUUUGAAAUAAAUAUAAUUCUUUUUGA